AUGGAAAAUAUUUCCAGCAUUUCCACAUUCGUACUUGGUGGAUUCAGUGAAAUUGAUGGUUUUCAACAUAUCUAUUUUGUCUGUUGCCUUGUAUGUUAUCUGUUCAUUAUACUUGCCAAUACAGUGUUAUGUUCAGUUAUCAUAAUGGAAGAUAAGCUACAUGAACCUAUGUACAUAUUUAUAUGUAAUUUAUCUGUCAAUGGUUUAUAUGGAAGUACUGCUUUUUUUCCUAAACACUUGAUUGACACACUGUCAGAAACCAAAGCCAUUUCAUAUGCUGGCUGCUUCCUUCAGAUAUUUUUAACAUAUACAUUUGGCUAUAAUGAAAUCACAUUCUUGGCACUAAUGGCUUAUGAUCGACAGGUGUCUAUAUGUAACCCAUUAAGAUAUCACAGCAUUAUGACAAAUGUCAAAAUGUGGAAAAUAAUAUUAUGUGCAUGGCUGUAUUCUUCUUGUUUUGUCAUGAUACUGCUUUUGCCAACAUUAAGACUUCCUUUAUGUGGCUUUAUCAUAAAAAGCAUUUGCUGUGAAAACAAUUCUCUUUUAAGACUGUCAUGUGUAAAUACUGAUUUUGAUCGCAUAGCCGAAGUAUGCAUAACAGUGUGCAACAUUACACUCCUUUCUCUCAUUAUCAUGUAUUCAUAUGUAAACAUUUUUAAAGUGUGCCAAAAAUCUUCAUAUGGAACAAAAAUGAAAGCAUUGCAUACAUGUAUUACUCACUGGCUGUCCUUAAUAAUUUAUCUUUUUUGUGGAUUUUUUCAGUUCUUAACUCGAGUGGGUAUAAUUGCAUACUUACCUUUUUUACAGACAUUUACUUCAAUAGCAUUUUUUGUAUUCCCUCCCCUUCUAAAUCCCCUUAUAUAUGGAAUCAGAACACAAGAGAUUAGGAAUCGAGCUAAAAAGAAAUUAUAUGGAUUUAUUGAAACUUUUAACAGCACAACAGUUAAGACGAUCUGA